AUGGGGUAGGCUACUUUAUAUUCCACUGUGUUUUGUAUUUUUGUUAUUGAGUUGAAGAGUCUGUGGUGGUUGCUUCACUUUCGGUCUUCAAAUAUGAAAUUAAAACGUAUUUCAAAUGAUUUACCGCUGGAUGCCGCUAGUCUAUUCUAUUCUAAGAUAAGGCUAUCAUAUCCCAUCUCACACUGAUCUGUCUAUUAUGACCACCCCCCUGUAGGGAACAGGAAAGCUGUGCAGUUGGACUCACAGAACAGGUGAGAGAAUAUCUCCACUUUCCAUGUGCUCAUCUCUUUCAUUUACAGAAUCAUUUUUUUCUUCGUUCCCUUGAUUGAUUAGUUAAUUCACAAUGAUAGAACUGACAUUACGGUAUUAUGUUAUGUUUUAUCCCCUUUUUUUUUGUGAUGACACAUUCAAAGUGAAAACAUUGUGAAUUUAUUGCGUAGUAUCAUGAUAGUACUAUACUCUUGACUUCUGUAGUUACACUAGUUUAGUGUAAUAUUCUGUGUUCCAUGGCUAAAUGUAAUGCCUCAAGGCUUGUGAGGAGAAUCCCUUUUGAGGAUUAUCUGAAGACGUGGACAAAGAUGGCCACAACUAAAGCUGGCUCGUGGAUGAGGAAUGAAUGUAUGUAUUUCUAUCUAAAUACACAAACUCCUCAUGAUUAGGAGUUAGCCUGUUAAAAGAUGAUGAUACAAGUUACUAUGAGUGCUACCUGAUGUUGUAUUCCAGCCCUGGAGGAUCUCAUCAAGCGCCCAGAGACCUUUGCCAUGUAUUAUGGGUCACCAGACAAGGAAUCUCCCAUGGGUCCACAGCGUGAAACGUAAGUCUGUUUACUCUGAAGAUAAAGAAGGUUACCUCUUGGCUUGUAUUGCUGUGUAAGAUUGCUGGUUAAAACACAUAUACUGUCGGUACCUGUCUGAUUUCCCAUAGCUGCUGCCUUUCCAAUAUGGUUGGGUUUUGCAUUGUCUUUCCAGAAUUCCAUGGCUUUUAUAAACCCAUGCGAUACAAAGGCAAACAUCUCAAUCAUUCGCAAAUGGAAACGUAUUUCUCUUGUUUUUUUUUUAACUCUCAAAUAACCAGAUGUGCUUUGUGACAGGUUCAGAGCCUUAAUAACCAGAUGUGCUUUGUGACAGGUUCAGAGCUUUAAUAACCAGAUGUGCUUUGUGACAGGUUCAGAGCUUUAAUAACCAGAUGUGCUUUGUGACAGGUUGAGAGCCUUAAUAACCAGAUGUGCUUUGUGACAGGUUGAGAGCCUUAACAACCAGAUGUGCUUUGUGACAGGUUCAGAGCCUUAAUAACCAGAUGUGCUUUGUGACAGGUUGAGAGCCUUAACAACCAGAUGUGCUUUGUGACAGGUUCAGAGCUUUAAUAACCAGAUGUGCUUUGUGACAGGUUCAGAGCCUUAAUAACCAGAUGUGCUUUGUGACAGGUUCAGAGCUUUAAUAACCAGAUGUGCUUUGUGACAGGUUCAGAGCUUUAAUAACCAGAUGUGCUUUGUGACAGGUUCAGAGCCUUAAUAACCAGAUGUGCUUUGUGACAGGUUCAGAGCUUUAAUAACCAGAUGUGCUUUGUGACAGGUUGAGAGCCUUAACAACCAGAUGUGCUUUGUGACAGGUUCAGAGCCUUAACAACCAGAUGUGCUUUGUGACAGGUUCAGAGCUUUAACAACCAGAUGUGCUUUGUGACAGGUUCAGAGCUUUAAUAACCAGAUGUGCUUUGUGACAGGUUCAGAGCCUUAAUAACCAGAUGUGCUUUGUGACAGGUUCAGAGCUUUAAUAACCAGAUGUGCUUUGUGACAGGUUGAGAGCCUUAAUAACCAGAUGUGCUUUGUGACAGGUUGAGAGCCUUAAUAACCAGAUGUGCUUUGUGACAGGUUGAGAGCCUUAAUAACCAGAUGUGCUUUGUGACAGGUUGAGAGCCUUAACAACCAGAUGUGCUUUGUGACAGGUUCAGAGCUUUAAUAACCAGAUGUGCUUUGUGACAGGUUCAGAGCCUUAACUACCAGAUGUGCUUUGUGACAGGUUGGGAGCCUUAAUAACCAGAUGUGCUUUGUGACAGGUUGAGAGCCUUAACAACCAGAUGUGCUUUGUGACAGGUUGAGAGCCUUAACAACCAGAUGUGCUUUGUGACAGGAUCAGAGCCAUAAUGUAUGGUACCGUGCGCCAGCCUAAGAAGACAGAACCAGUGAGUGAGGGGAGACAGGCGAGGAUGGACCAAAUGAGAAAGAUUUACCUCCUCUACAGAGCACCAGGUAAGUCCAUGAUGAAUUCAGUGUGUGUGUGUGUGUGUGUACUUUGAGCAGUGACAGAGCCCAUAUUUUAUGUGUGUCCUUGUAGACAUGCUGGCCCCUCAGGUGAGUGUGCAGGGAGACACCAUGUUCUCCAGGGAUCUCUGUAGAGCCCAUGACAGACAGCAACAGGACCUCUGGGAGAACGAGGUGGACAAACUGGUGGCCUGGACACACUCACUGUCAUUCGAGGAGUUGGAGGACUGA